GUCUAUUUCUCCCCCCCCCCCCCAAAUGAAUCAGAUACUAUUGAGAACAGCAACAGAGGAAGAGGUUCGUCAGGCUUUAUUCAUGAUGCAUCCAGAGAAAGCGCCAGGCCCGGAUGGAAUGACAGCCCUGUUUUUUCAGCACUCCUGGCAUAUUAUUAAGAAGGACUUGGUUGAGAUGGUGAAUAAUUUCUUGGUUACAGGCAACUUGGAUCCACGAUUAAAUAUUACUAAUAUUUGCAUGAUUCCAAAAGUAGAGAGACCUACAAGGAUGAUGGAACUACGGCCGAUAAGUCUAUGCAAUGUAGGUUACAAGAUUAUAUCGAAAGUUCUGUGUCAACGACUGAAAAUUUGCCUCCCCCGAUUAAUUUCAGAGACGCAAUCGGCUUUUGUGGCAGGAAGGUUAAUAUCGGAUAAUAUUCUUAUAGCUCACGAAAUGUUUCAUGGUCUGAGAACAAAUAAGUCAUGUCAAAAUAAAUUUAUGGCCAUUAAAACAGAUAUGAGCAAGGCGUAUGAUAGGAUAGAGUGGCGUUUUAUUGAGGCCCUUCUUAACAAAAUGGGGUUUGAUCCUCGCUGGAUCAAUCUAAUGGUGGAAUGUAUUUCUUCGGUUCAAUAUAGGGUCCUCCUCAACGGCCAGCCGCGAGGCCUUAUAAUUCCCCAACGAGGUCUACGUCAAGGGGAUCCUUUGUCUCCGUAUUUAUUUAUUAUAUGUACUGAGGCUUUAAUUGUGAAUAUCAAAAAAGCGGAGAGGGUAAAACAAUUAACCGGUAUGAAGGUAGCAAGAGCUUGUCCAGCAAUAUCGCAUUUAUUAUUUGCCGACGAUAGCCUUUUCUUUUGCAAGGCAAACAGAGAAGAAUGUCAAACUAUUUACAGGAUUUUAAAAGAGUACGAGGCUGUUUCCGGGCAACAAAUAAAUUUUCAGAAAUCUUCAAUUCAAUUUGGUCAUAAGAUUGAAGAGUCCAGUCGACAAGAGUUGAGGGAUAUUUUGGGUAUUCAGAAUUUAGGAGGAAUGAGAUCUUAUCUAGGGUUACCCGAAAGCCUUGGGGGAUCUAAAGUCCAAGUGUUCGGAUUUGUUCAAGAACGUUUGAAUAAGAGGGUAAAUGGAUGGACUUUUAGAUAUUUUACUAAAGGUGGGAAGGAGGUGAUUAUUAAGUCGGUGGUUACGGCUCUGCCAAAUCAUGUCAUGUCUGUUUAUCGAUUACCAAAAGCUACUGUUAAAAAAUUAACGAGUGCAGUAGCUCAAUUUUGGUGGAGUCCAGGAGGGAGUACAAAAGGCAUGCAUUGGAAAUCAUGGGAUAAGUUAUGCCUCCCUAAAGACAAUGGUGGAUUAGGUUUUAAGGAUCUUAUGGAUUUUAACACGGCGAUGCUUGGAAAGCAACUGUGGAGGCUGAUUGAGAAACCAAACACUAUUUUCUCUAGAGUCUUUAAAGGACGGUACUAUAGGAAUGCUUCACCCCUUGAACCGAUCCGAUCUUACUCCCCGUCAUAUGGCUGGAGAAGUAUGAGCUCUGCUAGAUCUAUGGUUUGUAAAGGACUAAUUAAAAGGGUGGGAACAGGUUCAUCUAUUUCUGUAUGGAAUGAUCCUUGGAUCCCAGCCACUCGCCCGAGACCAGCAAACAAAAAUCUUCACAACAGUUACCCGGAUCUUACAGUGGAUUUCCUCAUUAAUUUGGAAUCCCGAACUUGGAAUCUUGAGGCAAUCAGGGCUUUGGUGGAUCCUCAUGAUGCACAAAUUAUAGAAAGUAUUCCAUUAAGUAGAAAUCAGAUGGAUGAUAGGAAUGGAUGGCAUUUCACUAAUAAUGGGAAAUAUUCGGUCAAAUCAGGGUAUCAGGUGGAACGGGUAUAUCCUGAUAAGGAAAAACCACCAGAUUUUUAUGGACCCACAGUGGAUCCGUUAAAAGCUUUUUGCUGGGAAGUGCGGUGCCCACCGAAGUUGAAGCACUUUUUAUGGCAACUCGUUUCAGGUUGUAUAGCGGUAAUGAAGAAUCUACGGGGGAGAGGAAUACAAGGAGAAAUUUGUUGUGCUCGAUGUGGAGACCCGGAGGAAUCAAUUAAUCAUGUGUUUUUUGAAUGUCCUCCAGCACGUCAAGUGUGGGCACUAUCUAAAAUACCAUCGAGUCCAGAUUUUUUUCCAACUUGUUCGUUUUUUGGUAACAUGGAUCAUCUCUUUUGGCGAGUUACUCCAAAGAUGGAUGACCACCAAUUUGCAUGGAUAUUAUGGUAUAUAUGGAAAGGUCGGAACAAUAAAGUGUUUAGUAAUCUGGAUAUUGAUCCAAGGGAAACACUUAGAUUAGCCGAACUGGAAUCGACACUUUGGGCUGAAGCACAAGUUAACACUGAUCAAAGAAGGGAGAGGCAAGUACAGGCCCGACCUACAUUAGAAACUACAGGACGCUGGUGUUUUAUAGAUGGUUCGUGGAAAGAGAAUGAACUUUUUUCGGGACAAGGAUGGUAUAGUACCUUACCAGGUUUUGAUGGUUUAUUAGGAGCAAGGAAUGUCAGGGCGUGUCUGCCACCUCUUCAUUCUGAGAUGGAGGCGUUGAUUUGGGCAAUGGAAUGUAUGAAGAAUCUAAGACAGUUUCAGGUUACGUUUGCAACGGAUUUUUCUCAAUUGGUGAAGAUGGUUUCGGAACCAGAAGAAUGGCCAGCAUUUGAAACCUAUCUGGAAGAUAUCAAGCUUUUACGAAGAAGCUUCCUCAACUCAGACAUCAUCCAUGUUCCCCGAACGGAGAACCAAAGGGCGGAUAGCUUGGCACGUAGUGCUAGAAAACAACCGUCUUUCAUCGUUCAUAUGGAUGCGGAGUUGCCGAUUUGGUUUACAGAGUCAAUAUGAGUCUGUGAAUGUCUUGCUGUCAAAAAAAAAAAAAAAAACAAUUGACCUUAAUCUAAUUCCCACUACAGCAACUAUACCAUUUUUAAAUUCCUCAAUACUAAGAUGCCCUAACUUUUCUUUUGUUCUAUACAUAAAUUCUAGUAGAAAAAAGCUUUAAACAUAAUUUUUAUGGUAAACUGAAUAUAAAUACUCACGUUUGUAUUCCAAAUCAAAUUAAAGUCUGAUGUUUUGUAUCUAUUUACACAGUAAAUAGUCAUAAUCAUUUUUUUGUUAAAAGUUAGAAAAGAGUAAUAUUUCAAAAUUAUGCUUUAUAGUUAUUGUUACCUGGGUUGUUUGUCUUGUUGACCGUGAUCUGAUUCUCCAUUUUUGGGAAAAACUAAGCUCUUAAGGAGGAGGUAAAUCCAUUGGCAUCAUGCGAAAAAAUAAAAGAGAGUAUCAAGUUAAGAAGAGAACAUUGAACCUGGAAAUAACUAUAAACAUGUAUAUAUAUUUUUGCUAUACUUACCACCCAAAACCAAAUUGACGAAGAAGAAGACUACACACUGUAGAGAAAUAAAAGGAGAGUAAACCGAUAAUAAAUAAAUUGAUUGCAAGUUAUAUAAAAAAAAAAGAAACGGUUUGAAACUUUCCAUGAUUUAAGGAAUUGUAGAUGAAGUGAUCUAUUUUUAAACGUGAUGGUAAUGAUGUGCUUAAAUUUAGGGAUAUAAUUUUUUUCAGUUUCAGAAAAUGAAGGAUUGAUUUUUUUUGUUUUAUGAUAACGGAGAAACCGUUUGUUUUAGUUAUUUGUCAUGUUUUGAAACUUCUUUUUACUUUUAAAUUCAUCCAGGUGUUUUGUUUUUUAUUUUUCUGGAAAUUUUGUUUUAAAGAUUUUCCACUUGUCAUGUUAAGAUUGGGCGUGCGACUUGCGCUUUAGUAUAUAAGGGAUAAGAAUUAUUUACAGAAGUUUAAAAACUCAACUUCACCACCUAAACAAUAAAUUCUAAAAAAUAAUAAUCAUUAAACCCUAAACUCAAAUGUUAGGAUAUUUUUCAUUGAGUUUUUUUUUUUUAAAAAUGCUAUCCAAGUUGGUGUAUUUCAAUAAAUUUCUCAAAUAGGAUAUUCACUACAAAAUUAUUUUGCAAGUACAAAAUAUUAUAGUUUAAAAAAAGUUUUGUUGUUUUUAAUAAUAUCCCAUUUUAAAAAUAAUUUUUGUUGUUUUUAAUAAUAUCCCAAAAACAAUUUCUCUAUUAUAUAGGCGCAGUUUAAUUUAAUUUCAUAUAAAUUCUAAAUUUUAGAAAUGAAACAUAUGUAAAAUACUAUUGUUACAUAAUUAUGUUUACAAAAAUGUUUUUUUUAUAAAAUACAAAAAUUACGUAAAAUAAUAUUGUUAUAUAAUACUAUUACAUAAAUUAGAAUAUUUUAGUAUAUAAAGAAUAAAAUAUGCACGGAUGUGUGGAUCAAGAUCAAGGAGAUCAUGUAACAUAAUUAUUUUUUACAAAGGAAAUUUUGUAAACAUGCUUUGUCGAUAUGUAUAAACCAGAAGGACUUAGUGAAAUUUUUUGAAUGAUUUUCUAUUCUCCAAGACGCACAAGCCUCUCCAACCGGUUGAGGAAAGAUUUUUUGCAUGUAGUGUGAACUGUAGUACUCUGCAACAAGCAUUAAGAAAUACAAUAUUUAUCAGCAAUGAUUAUCUCUAAUGUUUUCUUAUUAUCAUUGAUCUUCUGUUUUUAAUAUAUACUUUUUCCGUUUCAAAAUGUAGAUGAUGUUUUAAAGAGUUUUUUAUGUUUAAUAAUAUAUGAUGUUUUGGUAUUUUAUAUUAGUUUUAAUUUUAUUGAAAACUGUGUGAUCAAUACUGUUUUAUAGAAUUUUUGAUGAUUGUCCUCCAACAAUUCAGGUUUGGAUUCUAUCGAAGAUACCAUCAAAUCUAACUAUCUUUCCGACAAGUGCUCUCUUCACAAAUUUGGAUCAUCUGUUCUGGAGAGUUAUUCCGCAGAUGGAAGAGCAUCAGUUUGCAUGGAUACUAUAGUAUAUCUGGAAAGGUAGGAAUAAUAAAGUUUUCAGUAAUUUGGAUAUUGAUCUUUUGGAUACGCUUAAGUUGGCAGAAACAGAAUCAACACUGUGGGCUGAGACACAUUAUUUGAAAGAACAGAGAACAAUACCACAAAUAGUAGAUACGACCCUGCAGUCAAUUCCAGGAAGAUGGCAUUUUGUGGAUGGCUCAGGGAAAGAGGGUGAUACUUUUUCAGGACAAGGUUAGUACAACACUUUAGAAGGAUUUGAUGGAUUAUUGGUAGCAAAGAUUGUUCAGGCUAGUCUCUCUCCCCUUCAAGCGGAGAUGGAAACGCUACUCUGGGCAAUGGUAUGCAUGAAAAAUUUACGUCAAUUUUAUGUUAGGUUUGCAACGGAUUGUUCUCAAUUGGUGAAGAUGGUUUCGGAACCAGAAGAAUUGCCAACUUUUGUAACUUAUUUGGACGAUGUCAAGAUCCUGAAAGAGAGUUUCACCCGAUCAGAGAUUAUCUAUGUACCAUGGACGCAAAAUAUAAAGGCGGAUAGACUAGCACGCAGUGUUAGGAAGCAACCGUCUUUCGCCAUUCACAUGGAUACGGAUCACCUGGUUUGGUUUACAGAGUCAGUAUGAACCUGUAAAAAUCAAUGA